AUGGAAGAGAAAAAAGAAGAAGUACAGUUUUACAUAUGCGGAAUCUUUCGGCCAUUUGAAGGUAGGAAUUUUUCUUUUUCUUAUAAACACUUUCAUGGAGACCUGCGGGGGAGUGGACGGUACUUAAUUUCAUGAUUCCUGAAACCCUUAACCUACUUAGACCAGAAUACGUGUUUUUUCCCUUCGCUAUUACAAACCUGAUCCGCUUGUAGCGCGCAAAACAGACUUAAACGGUUAAAAUCCACCAGCGAUCUGAGAUGAAACUGUCACUACCCUUUGGCCCCCCAUAGACUGCAAAACAGUCGGUUUUUUUUCUCAUAAUCACUAAAGAAAUCGGUAAAACGUGGCGUAAGAGUCUUGGGCGCGCGAAGUGCGCGAGCCUCACACGCCCGUAGGACCCCAAUCUCGCUCUCUGUUUUCAGCCUCAUUCCAGACCUUUUGUUUGACUAUCCGCGCGUCCUUGAAUACGCAAAAAUAUGGACUGUUUUGUAGUCUAGGCACCUCAUGGCCACAUAUCUUUGUAUAGCUGACAUAGUGGGGUUCCCCCUGGGAAAUGAAAAAUCUUUUGCAACUUGUUGAGGUGCAUUCCUUUAGUAGCAGGAACUGGGGAGUACCUUAUUAUAAUAACUCCGCAGUAGCAGAGGUUUUAUAACAGCCUCUGUCGGUCAACAACUGUGUAUGAUUCAUCCUAGUUGUUCUGACUGCUGUUCUGGGACACUUAUUUCCAUUCAACAAAAAUGUUGGUUUAAAAUUUCAGAAAUUUUACAUGCCCAAUAGAACAGUAUAUUCCGGUUGCAAACACUCACCCCAACUCAAGCCAUUGUGCAUUUGGUUAUUGUACUGGUUAUCAGGAUACAGAAGCGCCAUAUUGGAGACAAUAAUUACGUAAAAUGGAAAUGGACAUUUUGGUCCAGUAGGACCAGUCAAAGAAGACCAUCUUCAAAUGUGGCCCCUAAUAUUCCGGUCGAACCGGACUGAAAUGGUCCGUUUUAUUCCAUUUUGGGCUGAAUGGAAAGCACCCAUGGUUUUCUGUUCAGCUGGAGCAGCCUCUUUUGUAGCAGGCUGUAAUGUAUGAGUGAUAGUCACUGCCACAAAGAUCAUUAAUUUGCAUUGUCUCAGGUCUCAGUUGUUGCACUCCUAUCAGCAUUCCCACUUCUCUUCCCCUGGCUUGAGGUGUUGGUUCAGUGUACUUCCCCACCUUGUUUUCAGUCUCAGUGCCAUGAUUUCAAUUGCAUCAUAAUUGCCAUUAACCUGAGGUAAUCCACUGAAAAUAGUCUUCACUGUCAGUCCCAUAUGGUGUCAAAUUCCCCACCUUUUAUGUCAAACACACAUGUCAUGGGUCCCAGGAGGGGGACCCAUGACAAGGUUUUGCCAGAGGAUCAUGUUGAUUUUCCUGUACAUUAGUUUUGUAAUGUGAUCUUGUGGGUCAAUGGACAGCUUGGACUGGACAUUAAUCAAGCAUGCCAUUUUAAAUUUGAAUAAACCUUUUAUGCUGUUUGUAUUUAUAAGACCACAACAGCUGGAAUCCCCUUCAUGACUUAAGAGUAAUUUUCUUACCGAACUGACAAAAGAUCUUUCUCACCUUUGUUGACUGCAGAGGGUAAGAUAUUAUAUUGGUUACCAUAGAGGUAUAGGUUGCCAAGUUCGGAAGUAGUUGCUUAGGAGAUAAAAGAUAGUGAGGAUUUUCAAGAACUUUUUGAUAUAUUUUUAAUAUAUCGUUUCUCUGCUGAGUAAAAAGAGGUACUUGUGUUUUUGUACUUCAGAGUAUUGUUCUUAUUUAGAUCUAUAUUUCACAUCACCCAAGGUUGCCUUCAUAGGGAUGCCUCUUAUAGGUAUUACAGCUGUGCCAUGAAAAAGGCAUUUUAAGAAAAUAAAUGUGUUUUACAUGUUAUUUAUUUUAUUAACAUAAAAUAUCUUCAAUAUGAAUAUAAAAUAAAUAAAAACUGUCUAAAUUUAAUUAAAUUAUUGAAACUCCUGGUUGUUUGCUUUUUGUUCAAUGAAUGCUGCAAACAAAGCUGUAUUCUCUCAAACAAAAAGGUUGCAAAGUUUCAAGAACACAGCUAAUUCUUUUUAUUGUUAUUCUUUUCUUUAUUUAUUAACUACUGACUACCAUAUCAAGUCCUAACAUCAAUGUACAUAUAACGUGAAAUUCUUAUGGAAUUGUUUUUGUGUCAUGAGAAAAAAGCCAGUAAGGUGCGAGGAAACUUAACGGCAAACAGCAAUAGUUAUUGAUGUAGUUUUGAGGCUUGCUUGUUUAUCCUGAACUUUGCUGUUAUUAGUCAUUACACAGUCAGCAAUUCUGCAGAAAUAUUUUUUCAGGUGUUCAUGGUUUUCUUAGUUUGACAGUAAAAACUUCCUACUGAACUCAGAGAGAUUUUAUUCAGCAUUUCAAUAUUUUGUUGGAAUCAUUCAAGUUUCAUCAGCAAUGACAUCUAACUUACAAACUGAAAUCAUCUGACCUUUAGGUGACAUAAUCUCAAGAGAAAAUCAUAGACAACCGAAUUAAAGGACAAGUUCCUCAUUGUGAUUCAGGCUUAAUCUCUUUUAAGCCGAUGGCCUCCUUUCAACUGUAAGUUGAUUGUCACUGCUGAUGAAGUUCCAGUGAUUCAAACAAAUAUUCAUAAAUUGCAAUCCUUACUAAAAUCACUCUGGGUAAGUAAGGGAUCAACUGAUUGAGUUAUCAGCAUAUACUAAUAGGCAUUCUCCACACCAUUCUUCACACACUCUUUGUGUUCCAAAUGAAGAGAAUUUGUUUCAUGUUGAAUAUUUUGAACAGUUUAUUUCUUCCUUCAUGAAUAAACAAAGAAUUUUCAGGAAACAUCACUUAAGAUUCUGGUCUCUAACUAUUAAUGAUUUUAAAAUAGAAAACUUUGGAAAACAAAGUUUUUUUUUUUUUGCUCCAAGUGGCUAGUGCACAGCUGUGAUGUGACAUGGAGAGAUAUAGAUUAUUAAAACAGACUCUCUGAUGCCAAUUUUAUUGAUCCCCACAUAGAUUUUGUUUACUUAUAUUUGCAUAUCUAAGAAGAAAUUGGCUAGGUAAAAUAAUAGUUUAAAUCUAGUUAUUAAAAAUAUGUCUGAAUAUUCCUGUUUGGUUUAUUUUGCUGUAGUAUUUGUUAGCCUUCCUGUUGUCAAAUGUUGAGUAGCUAAUGUAGCCACGUUUUUGCUUGUUAGUAAAUUCCAUGAUUGUAACUAUUAAAAUGAAACAUUCAAAAGCUGCAUGUACAGCUGAGCUGUACUUUGACACAGUAUUGUUUAGUUUAUUGCACCAUGUGCUACAAACACAGCAAACAGGUGAGUGAUAUCCCUCCUCAGUGCCAUUUUUUCGUGUUUCCACACAAUCAGUUAAAUUUUCUAACUUUGUCUUCAGUUUUAAAAGAGCUCUUUCGAGUAUGGGGUGUAUUAAAUUUGUAUACACUGAACACAUAUAUAAAUCUUCUGAACCCUUUUGUUCCAGGAGUCAAUAUGGCGAAAGAAGAAUAUUGUUUUUCUUACUUUUGAGACUGUGGAUAAAUUCCUUUGAUUUUACCAUGUGAAUGAAACUUCUUAACUCACCGUUUUGCGUGGUAUCAAUUGUUUUUUAUGAAUUUCGAAAAGUGAAAUUUAGGAUUUUUCGCAAAUUUUCAUAUUGGCAAGUUGUUUAGAGUGAAACGGUUAAAAUGAAUCGCAUUGUCUCUAAUUGUCAGGAUUUCAGCAUGUCAGGCGAGAUGUCUCGCUUGUUGUUUUGUCUGGUUUAGUCAUCAUUUAUUAUCGCCAGAAAUCUCAGUGUUCCCCCAUAGAUGUAAUACCAUUCAUUCAUUCAUUCAUUCAAGUCUCAAGUCCAAGAUACAAAGCCAAAAAGACGCUUAGAUGGGCAAAAUAUGAUAAGAUUAAAAUACAUUCUAUUUAAGAAAUUUGAAAAAAGUAGGGACGGUGGGUUUCCUGCUUAUCACAGUUUGCAUUUUACAGAAUGUUUACCUACCUUGUGAACAAAUUAACUUUGUUUGUUACUGAUUUCUUAUAUGAACCUACCGAUCUUCUGAAAGAACGCGAAAUGUAUCAAAUAUUAAUACAGAUUUUUAUUGUUUCGUUUAAAUUACAUAUCUCACAAUCUAACUAAUAGCAUUACAGUACACAACAAAAAUUAAAAAAAACCGGUAGAUUUUGACAAAGUCCAAUAUGUGUACCAUGCAUGGCGACCAAAGUAGCUUAUAGAUUUUCGAGUUGGUCACUGCCACGUUCAAUGUGAUCAACUGAAGAAAGACAUUAUACAUUAUAACGUUAAGAGACAUAGCAAAAGGUGUACAUUAAAAUUUUAGCUGUUCCUAGUAUUUCAUUGAUAUAUAAAAGCAAAAACGUACAAGAAAUAGUAGAUAAGCUAUAGGCAGGAUGGAGAAAAAAAAUACUACGUCUCCGAGAAGACAGAUUUAAUAGAAGGUGCAGUUUAAAAUUAAUUACAAGCCGGCGUGUGUUCCUCACACCCUGGUUUUGAGUUUUAGUUGUUGCUCACGCUUCGCCGUUCGAAAUAUUUCGGCUAUCGAUAAUUUAUCUUUUAAUCUCAUUUGGGAAGAGUCUCCCCAUUAAGAUAGUAUUAUAAACAGUCUUAUUAGCGUGGUUUUGCGAACCAACCCACCAAGACCGUGGAAACUAGUUGGUCUGUAUUGUGUCAUGAGUCUUUGAGUCUUCCUCUUUUCCGUUUGCAACAGUUUCGCCUUUUUAUGAUCCAAUGUUGCCAUUUCCUUAUGUAGCUAGCAAAAAGUCCUUUUCGUGAUUUAAAUAUUACAGAAGUGUCGUGAUGUCGUUCCCAGCGAGUGACAAGCUAACAAAGUUAAAAAAACUAAGUUGGAAUAUUUUUAUUUAAAAGUCAAAACAAGGCAAAAUUGUAUUGACUUGUUUGCGGCGCGUUGUAAUUCUGUUUUUGUCCCUGCUUUGAAGUAAUGUCCCUUGUACAGACCUCAAGCUUUGGCUAGAUUCUCAUUGCAAGAGAUUUAAGUCAGGUUUUCUUUUUUUACUUUGCUCUUUUUUCUCUUAAAUAUAAAAGCAAUAAAGUAAUUCCUCAUCUUUAGAGAUAUUGCGGUUUUAAGUUUAAGAUUGGACCUAGUUUCCUGUUGCUAUUGUUGUUGGGUACUGCGUUCCUCAAAUGUGCUUCCGAAGUUUCCUUUUAAUUCUCGACCAGAUUUCAUUCGCGUCAAUUAGUUUGAAGACCUUGGCACAAUAACUUAACAAUUUAAGUACGUUAAAAAAUUAUGGACUGAUUUAUUUUUAGAAAUGUUUUAAUGAAAAAAAGAAGUGGAAGAAGUAUGUUAAAAAUACUGGAAAAGAGUCAAAAUUUACCAUUUGAAAGUGAUCCAAAAUUGAAGGGAAUGAUGGAAUAGGCCAAAUAGGAUUCAGAGGCCGAAGUUUGUCAUGUGUAAGCCCUUGUCAAAAAUCUUUCUUUCAACAAGCUUCAAUCAGCUCCAAAAAAAUGUUUUACAAUCACAUACAAGAAUACCACAUAACGAAGUUUUAGAAACUUUGGAGAAGCCGGUUGAAUUUUCGAAAUUCCCUCUGAAAACCACGAAUAAAUAUUAGUUAAGCUGUUAUUACGUACACUGCAGAUGUCUGCCGAGUUUCCGGUUGUCGUUGUCCAGUUAAAAUCAUAGUCGAAUCACAGUUAUUCAUACAGAUGUACGCGCCGAACGUUACUUUAUAAAUAAGCUCCUAUCGUCUACACACGUUUCAAUGGUUUUAUCGUCGUCUAAUAGUUCAGAAAUUGUUUGAGACGUUUAACACCUUUUAUAUACCUGUUGUUUUAUUAUACAAUUUAUACAUGCUACAUAUUUUAAUUGUAUAUACAUUAUUAUUAUUAUUAUUUCUUAUUUGUAAAUAAUUUUUAUAUUUGUGUCCCCAAUUAGUUGUGAAAACUAAAUACACUGACACAUUAAUAAAGCUUUUACUUACUUACUUAAAUGAUCAUGACCGCAAGAUAAGCCAAAAACGGUUGUCGUUUGUUUGUCUUUAUAGUAUUCCUGGAUUGUUUAACAGACAAAACUUGCAACGAGGUUUGUUAAAACUUGCCAAAUGUUUAUAUUGCCUGCUGUUUGAACAGCUUACCUCGGACCUACUUGUGAUUAAGCGAUUUACUGUUUUCAGACAAGUUAUAAUAGUGGCCGACUCUGUUUGUUCUCGUGUUUUUAAAGACCUUUAAACCGGCAGCCUGGCGUGUACGGGCGGAGACUUAUUGCGACCAUCGCCCACACAGGUGUUGUUUCAUGGCGAGACGUCUCCUUGUGGUGUUAAUAUAUAUUGCUUUAUACUUUUCAAUAUCCAUAAGAAACUAUUUUUGGCACAUAUAUCUGUACUUGAAAACAGAUGACCAUGCUCAUACGAUUCUUCCUUAAGCCCCUCCCGCGCAUCUUGGAAAGUUUUUGUCGUGUGUCUGUGUGUGUGCAUGUGUGGGUAUGUGUAAGUUCUUCCCGAUCUAAGGCGCUUCUCCUGACUGCUACGUGAGGGCGGUCAUCCUUCACUCUAUCCAGCCUUCCCAAUCCGAGGUCGCUCAGGAAGCCUCUUGCCUGUUAUUCUUCCCUCUUUAACUAAUGGGACAAGGUCGCCAUACCAUAGGCUAUGAUCAAGCCACUCUCUGUCUUCUGUUGAUAACAGAAAUGAUGGCCCUCUCCAAAUACUUUUUCUUUACAGACUUUGUCAGACCAAGAAGUGUUUAAUGCCUUCCUCCAAACGGCCACAUCUCACUGUUGUCCUGCCUUCACUUGUCAUCUUUCUUGAAUCUCCACGAUUCGGCUCCAUACAGAAGAGUACUCCAGAUGACAGUCUCUUCUUCAGGUAAACGCCGAAGGCUUUUUGUCAGCAGUUCUUUCCUUUUAGUAAACGCGUUCUUUGCUCGGGCUAUUCUCGAUCUAAUUUCCUUCUCACGAGAUCCAUCCUUCCCCUCCCAGGCAUCUUGGAAGGCUUCUGUUACUUUCUAUAAACUGUGGUCACGUAUGAAGUUCAUGUCACAUGGAGCUUUGAACUGCUAAGCGUCUAAUUUUUCGUACGGUUAGGGUGGUUCCGUGUGAACAGAACACCUGAACGCGCGGAUUUUCAACCGGUCGAAAACUCGUCCGGUGCCAUGUGAACGUAACAUACGUAGCCUCAAGCUAUCAAAAUGUGCACCCAUUGCCAAACGCGGGGAAAAUGUUUUGGCAAGCGCAAGAAAGCACCCCAAGCCAAGUUCUUUGUAGUUUUGACAAUCGAGAAAACAUGCAAAACGCGGCACCAAAUUAAUAUUUUAUGAAGUGGUCAUAUAAAGUUUUCCUCUGCUUUUGAUUGUUGAUACAUCAGUCGCCAGGGGCAUAUUACACUAUAAGUAAAGAAAAAAUCUCCUUUCAUAAAAAAAAGUUAUUUUUUUGGUCGCUGAGCUAAUUUGUUAAAUUUUAUUACAUGACCAUUGUGGCAUUUAUCGAGGAUAAAAUUGAUUAACUUAUCUUCGACGGGACUAAAGGAUAAGCAAAUUAACAAGGGCGGAUUACAUGCAUUCGAAGUAUGUCACAAUUUUGUUUGGAUUAAAAUGAUGCAAAAAAGAAAAGAAAAAUAGUGUUAUGAUUAUAACGGGUGAAAACUUGCAGAACUUUCAUAAAAAGUACUGGAAAAACCAUCUUUCGCUGAAUCUAUAAAAAUGCUGCAGCAAAACGUAUACCUGCAUGAAAGAUGGCAGAAAUUUUGUAAAUCAUCGAGCUCAGUGUUUCAAGAAGCAAACUUGUUGCUUAUAGCAGAUUUUCAAAAUUAUCUGUUUUUUAUACAUCAUUUUUUUGUAAUUUUUCUUAAAAGGGUCGGUUGUUCGGCUUUGUGCCCCUUACAAAGUAUUUCUACUUGGCGGCAGCCUGAUUUUUAAUACUUUUUUUUGCGUUAGGCAGAAACUAUAUUAAUACUUAAGACUUUUGCACCUGCCUCGGUUGCCUCUAAGCUGGCUAUGGUCCUGUGAUCUGGACCUUAUUUCUUACAACCUAACUCUUCAAAUCAAAAGAAUUUAGCAGGUGAUCUCUUCCACGAUUAAACGGAUUAUUUAAUCUUAUUUAAAGGUGUUUUGCCUAUUGUGCUACAGUCCAAAACUUUACAAUGAGAAUUUUCAAAUGUCAAAAUUUUUAACACACAAGGUUAAUUAACUACAACACUAUCCUGUUAAAACUCAGCGGUUUAAUUUACAUUUUGAGUUUGGUGUUCGUAUUGUUGUGUUUGUUAGGCUCUUCGAUUUCAUUUCUUCGGCCAUCAGAGGUUAAGAGCUGGUUUUAGGAGAUUUUUCUCUCGACAUGCAGUGUUAUUUACUUGUAAAAAUGUAUGGCUGAGCGGAAGUGUUCCGCGAGGUGAUGUAUUUGGCUCGAAUAAAAUUCCCAUUUUCGUUCUCUUAUCUCAAUCAAGAAUUAAAUAUGUGGAGUCGUGUAAAACGGACGCUUCUAACGUAUAAGUUUGUGAAUAAAAUCGUAAGUUUCAACCACUCGAAUAAAAACCGAACGAUAAUUCCGCGGUGUGUAUUUUGCUGUUUGUUAUUGAAUUUUCCACUCGUGCUUGGAGAAAUGGGCGAAAGCAGUAAUGACUGAAAAAAGCUACAAAGCUACUGUAACCUGUGUUAAGCGAUCAUAAAUUUUUGUAUUAUUUUUAACCCCCGUUUUCGAUUUUCUUCAGCUUCCUUCGUUGCUCCUUAGAAGAUCCAAGCAUUUAACUGUUUCUGGGUUUUUGAACGUGUCAAAUUACUUGUGACAAGAUCACGGAAGUUUUGAGACAAACCGAACUUUGUUUUACUGCCCAGCGCGGGAAGCUAUUAUAAAUAGAAAAUUUGCUUUUUUAAUCGACGAGGAAAGAAAUAAAAGCGAAGGGAUUACACUGGAUGAAUAUUGCUCUUUCAUCUUCAGAUAUAAACUUGGCACUCAGCAGAUCGUGUUUAAUUAUGUUUACUUUUAUGUUAAAUGACGGGAAAAGAGAGAAGGCUCGCAAAAAGUCACUCGUCUGAAGAUUUCAACAGUUUAAAAAUGUUUACGACUGUAGACCCCCGCGGCUUGAAAAAUUCGAUAAGUACUGCUUAAUGUUUCCCGAAACCAAAGUAAAUUACUUUUCGCUGUUGAUUUUAUUAAAACAUUUCUCUCUGCUGAUCUAAAAUUUAAAUACAAUAUUUUGAUUCGAAUUGGAAAUUUACGAGAAUUGGCAGGAAAAAUUGUCACGAAUAGGCAAAUAAACUAAUCGCAUGAAAAAUAUGCCAACUUCUAACGAAGUGAGCGAGUUUUUUUAUACUUUAGUCGCUCCAAUUCUGCAAUCAUGACAAGUGUUUUCAACUUACAUAUUGUUUGAAUGUAUUAAAAAUUCAAAAUGAACAAAUUUCGCUUUCAAACAUAAUCGUUCGUCAGCUUUGAGUCAAAUCUUCACAGAUUUCUUUAAAUCCGCGCGGGUUUAACAAAAAAAAUCAUCAUCUUCUGAUGAAAUUUUUGGUUUAUACAUUUACUGUCGAGAUAAGGGUAGACAGUUUUCGUUUUUUUCGAGCAUAUUAAUGUUUAAUCCAAAAUUAACCCGAGGGUGCUUCGAGGAGCGCGUUGCAUCUUGGGCAAGUUUUGUUUGCUAACUUUUCCCUUUGAUAGUUUUGUCAAAUGAAGUGAGAACAUGGGUCGAAGUUCCUGAAGAACAAGAGUUAAAACUUUGCGAUCGAGGGCGAUUCCUCCCGGAUAUAGCAAUUAACCUGCCCUUGUGUUCCAGUGGGGGAAAUUCACGCUCGAUUUGUUUUUCGGCGGUGGAGUUUUUUCCGGGAGAUCGGCACUCAAUUGCUCAGGUAGUAUUCUUCUUAGCUUGACUUCUCGUACGGUGACAAAAAAACUUUUCGCGUAUGCAAAUUAAUGGCAUUUGAACGAACAAAACGGGAGAAAGAAUCGAAAGGGAAUUCUGUGCUUUCUGGACGCAUAGCCUCAAGUAAGAACUGGCAAAUGUCGGGAACUUUUUCGGAUUGCGGUAACUUGAACUUGUGUGAAAUUUAUGGACUGUUGUUUUUCUUUGUCGAGUUCAAGCAGUUUUAAAUUUAUGCUUUUAGUCUGAUGAUAUAUUUAAAUAGCUGUAAAAUCCAUGUAAAUGUUUAGUUGUUGUUCGCUGGUGCAGAUAAUAGUAUCAGCUGUAAGAGCGAGGGGACAAAAGUUGAUGCCUUCCGUUCGAACGGGCGCAGUUGAAACUUCUAUCAGUUGGCGUAAUUUCAUCGGAAUUAAAUAUCUGUGUGAAGGGCUUUGGAUAAAAUUUAUCACGCCGGGAAUACGAAUUUUUAAUAAUUUUCGCCCUGUUCAAUUGUUUGUCUUACGAGGAGUAAGUUUAAAAUUCUGGAAAUGCUGGUGAUUUGCGAUGUCUUGUUUGGCAGAACGUAACGCGGAGCUCGCCGAGUCCGCAAAUAUUUUCUACCGCUCCAGAGUUAUAUUUUGACUUUGAAAAUUUCGGCUUUCAGAGGCCGCGCGCAUAUUGUUAGUUUAACUUUCGCUUCAGCCGAUUGCUCGCUCAUUUGGAAAAAACUAUUUUUUUCUUCCAGAGGCAUCAAGAGAAGUUGAGCGAUUUUUUUUAAAGAGCUGGCAAAGGGCAAGUUUCUGGUUUUAGAGGACAAGCCAUGGAAGCUCAGCGAACUCCUGAUGCGAACAGGGAAUUUACACUCCUGCGAGACGAUGGGCAACACAGUGCUGUCACAGGAUUUAAACGAGAGGCAAUAUCCCCGGAACUUGUGAGUAGACCUCUGGCUAGGAUACACUGUUUCCAGUUAAGGCCUUUUAUUUGGGGUAAAUUUGCUUCUGGUUUUGUUGAAAAGUUUGAAAAUAUUUUCUAGGUUUUGCUCGAAAGAUUGAAACUUGAUACGCGCACAAGGGUAUCGCUUGUAGCGUUCCUUGUGUAGAUUCGGAACUUGCUGCUGCAAGCAAAUAUUUCGUUAUCCCUGACCCCUUUAGCCGGAUAUAAGAUUUGCUCUGUAGCCACACUGGCCCUACGCCGUUUUCGGACGAUCAGGAGUGUUUUCACAGCGAUGGAAAAAUUCUCAAACCUUGUCGUGGUUUUGAAACUUUUGGUAGAGCGCGAACUAAUUUGCAUAUUUUUUUCUCCAUUCAUUCGAACAGUGUGUUGCGAAAACUUUUUUCGAAGUCAAAUUUUGUCUGAUUUUUGUAAUGUACUUGCUUACAACCUAACCACUGCUUGGUUUAGCACUUUUAGCAUACACAGCAUAAUCAUUCGAAGAUGCACGAAGAUAACCGAGCCAACGUUUUACUAAAUAUCUGUUCUUUACGCUUGUUUCGUGUUAUAUUAUAGAUAUGUAAAUUUCUACUUGUACUUUCAUGAAGAAAUGGCUUUCACCUUUGUUUAUUUCCUCCUGGAAACUAUUGAGUUUCGUCUACUUCAGACAUUUUGCCUCAAAAAUUUUCUGUUGUGGAUUGAUUUAAUUUUCUCUUAUUUAUUGUCUGCGUUGGUUACAAGUGAGGAUUUCUCUUCCAGCGAUGAUUAGAACUUACAUUUCGAGAAAGUAAACAUUAGCAGUUGUUUUCGCCUAUUUUAAAAGAAUCGAUCAUUUUUUUUUUAAAUCGGAGGCUAGCAAAAAAAUCUCGCUUGCUCAUACUGAGCGACGCAAUCAAAUGGAAUGUGGAGCAAAAAAAUUGCCCGAUUUUGUCAAACUCAGGACAUUUUGGACUGUAAUUGCCCCCCUCAUUGCUAUGCACAGAUGGUCUCUUUGCUAGCAGUCGGUGUUUAUAAUUCAGCAGACGAAAUAAUGAAAGUUCUGAAACUCUUCUCUUAUUUCGUUUGUAACUCGCGAUCGCCUUUGCCCUCUCACCGGAAGCGGACAGAUUUGAGAUUUUUUUUUUAAAAAAAGUGCAGUUAAGUUUGUUGGAUUUUCAUCGUUCAGGCAGUUUUCUCUUUAGUUGAAUGGACCGACUCCCCUUUUAAACUCUCGCUGUAUGGCUGUAAUCCACAAAAUUUCCGAAAAACAACCUAAUCGAGAAGCAUGGUAGUUGCUCACACAGAUGUAUCUCAUUGCAAGUUUUAAAGUAUCUUCUUGCAGUUCCAAAGAAUGUAAAUUUGACGAAGGAUUGGAAUUCUAAGCUAUUGGAAAGUAGAUAUGAGCGGAAUUUUUUAAUAGAGAAGAUAUUAUUUGCAGAUGGAGUGGGAAAUGUCUUCCUAAAUUGCCUCAGUGAUAAAAAACACACCUGGGGGAAUAUUUUUAUUAGUGUUAAAGCGUGGAGCAGUUAUUUGGGUGUGCAGUUAAUUUUGUGUUUUGGUUAGCUUUAGGGGAAAUAAGACUUGGAAAUUUUUACUGCUCAAGUUUAUCCAGCUAUCAAGUCUUAUGCAAAUAUAAUAGGUGUCAAGUUUAGGCAGAUGACACUCAUGAUGUCUUCCUAUCUAUUGCAUUUUGCCUUCAAACAAACUUUUUAAGAUGAAUUAAUGAAGCAAUCAACUCCUGCACCCUAGCUUGGUCAUUUAUUGUAAGAAAUAUUGUUUUGAGUCAUAAUCAUUCAAGCAUGAGAAGCUUUGAAUCUAUUAUGAUCAAAACUUUUUGUGAUAUUGAGAUCUUUCAUGGAGUUAAUUUGCAUAUCCAAUAUUUUUUGCCAAGCAUUCUAGAACUGCAUGGUGUAAACAGCCAGUACACCAGGGAUGCUUACUAACUUGUUGGUAAACAUUAAACCUGUGACCACUAACAAAAUGUAACCACUAUUUACAUUUGUGUACUUUGGCUGGUGACAGUUAGCUCUAUCAAUCUCUUAAGUCCCAGACUUCCUUCUGGAGUAAAGGUAUUACCCUUUUCAGUUUUGGGGUUUGUGAAGUCGGACUAUUUUCCUUUGGUUCUAAGCACUGAAGUGGACAUUUUGUUUUCUUAUAAUGGUGUCAUUUGUUUUGUAGAGUAGUUGUAACUUUUAAAUUGGUGGACAACUGAAAACUUGUUCCUUGUAAAAUUUCUGUGUUGCUGUUUGUUAUUAUAUAAAAUAGGGUAUAAUUUUAGAGUCUAAAAAGUGUAUCUUUUCAGUUUGAGGAUAAAACCUUUAGGGUGACUUUUCAAGUCAAACUGAUUGCAAAGUAAAUUUCUAUUGCACAGGUUGCCAUUGUAAGGUGGCUUUCAUUUAGGAUAAUUUUAUGAUUGAAAUUGUAAUAAGGCUUGACAGAACUAAGCUUAGUGCUGCUUUGCAAUUAAAUAACUUCCAUGCAAAUGGUAACUUUAAUUUAACUAGUCUGUGACAAUUUUUCAGAUCAAGUUGAUAAAACUAUAUAUAUCUGUGUGCUAAGUGACAUUGUUGGCGACAGGGGAAAGUGCUCUUACAUGUAGAUCUUUUCUUUAGUUUAUUAGCCAUUACUCUUUUCAUAUUCUAAUGGAAAGCUAAUCUUCCAGUAGAGGAGAACAGAACAGGGAAUGCACUAAGGGAGAUUGUUCUUCUAUAUAGCUAUGAGUUCAUGUCAAAAUUUCUUAUAGUAACAAAAAAAUGCAAGCCUGGACUGAAAAUUUGUCACUGUUAUGAAAAACCUAUUAAGAGUUAGUUGAAAAUAGUACCUAGUUCUCAGUUGUUAUUUAUACACAUUAUGUAUCUUGUAGUUCAAUGAUUUUUUCUUUGGUUCAAUUUUCAGCAGAGGUGUAGCGGCAACAUUAAUUUUGUUUACAUAGUCAUUAAGUCAAUCGAUGUCAGUAGAAGACACUGUUUUCUAAAAACAAGUUACUACUCAAUUUUCUGCUGGAAUGAAAGAGUGGAAAGAAACAACAGUGUUACUGACUCAUUAAAUUUUUGAAAAAGUUUCCGCAAUGUGUAUAAAGUGAAACAAUAUUCCACUCCUUUCCCUCAAAGUUUUUCACAUAGGAGUUAUGUUCCUUGAUGCUUUAUACUUGGGCUGUUACAGUGUGAGUCUAAGAAAGGACAUGUUGCAAAAGCUCGGGAUGUGUGAAUUUUUUAAUUUGAGUAUACAUUGGAGGGAUAGUUAAGAAAAAUUCCAAACUCUUACAUAUUUUGUUAAAUUUUGAUUUAAAAAAGUCACCAUACGAGAAAUACAACUAAAGAGGUGAAGUAUAUUAUUUAAGUUUUGUCUGAUAGCCUAUGAAGAGUAGAUUUUCUGGAAACCAUACUGUAAUCAGCGAUUCAAAGGUUACCUAUCCUGAUGGGCAAGGAUCUUUUGUUAAGUUAAGCUAGCCCCUGCUAGCAGACAGCCUAUUACCAACAUCUUGCCUUUUCAUUUUUGUCAAGCUAACAUCGAUUUUCUUUGUGGUUCACCGUCAAGAGGUUGGGAGACAAUUUACCAUGGGCAUAGAGGAAGGUAAAUGAGGUCAACAUUGUUGUGAAAUGCUUGAACAGAUUCCCUAUCCCUAAACUUUCAGUCUUCUAAAAGUCUAGUUUAGGGAUAGGGAUAUCUGUGAGAGCAUUGCACAAAAAUGUUUAUCGGUUUCCCUGCCAGUCUGCAAGUCUCACCCUCUCUGUACACCCGUUGUAACUUGUCUCCCCAAGUUCAUUUGAAUGGUCACAGGCCCCUUUAGUUUAAAAUCAGCUCUCAUGCCUAAAUGAAUAAGUGGAUGGGCCAAACAAAAGCAAAUUUCAACAUUUAAAAAGAAGGAUUUAAUGGAUCUCUUUACAAUUUUUCAUUUUCUUUCUGGGCAACAGAAAACCUCUUGGAGUCUUAAGCAUCCAUUGUGCAGUCCAAAAAACUUGAGAUACAGCGAGGAAAAUUUUCUUUAGCCAUGUUAAAACACUUUUCAGGCCAACAUUAUGUUCUCUAAGUCAUCAUAUUUUGAACCUCUUCUGCAUUAGACAAAUUUAUUAGCUACCAAAAAAAUGCGACCCAUAGCAAACAAUUUUCCUUGACCCCUUUUUUCUUUUCGCCUAUUUGUUUUUAAAAAAUAAGUGGCAUAUCUUAAGGUCAGACAUUUCUUGUGUGUUUUUGACUAGUAGCUGUGGUAUUCCUUAUGCUCACUAAAUUUUUCCUUCAAUUUAUGGAGUCAGAUAAUUUACAUGUACAUGUAGGUUCAGCUCAGAUGUCAUAUAAGACAAGCUUUUUAUGAAUUCAGCAUUUAAGCAUACACUUGUAAAUGAAUCUGCUUAUAGAUUCCACAACUGGAAUGUUCUUUAGAGGGCAACCUUUUAAUAGAUGUAAAAUGUAGUCUAGUUUCUGUCUUGUUUAGUUUUGUAGACACCUGGGUUUUUAUGUGCGUAAUUAGAGUUCGCCUAAUAAAAAUUCAGCAUAAACCUGGCCUUGCUAAGAUAUGGCGUUAAAAUUCAGAAGGUCUGCACAAGGGGUUAUUUUAUGAAAAGUGUCACUAAGGGCCAGGGGCUGGGGGUUGUCUCUCAACCACAUCUUUAUCUUAAGUGUGUCACCCGCAGCUACUUUCACAGGAAAAAAAAUAAAGGAAAAUAGAACCAAAAAAAGGUCCUAGUUGUUCAAUUCCCCACUUACUAACUUUGUAUUGCCUCAACAACUUGAAAACUCAGUGAGAGCCUUGUUGUUAGUUAUCAUAUCCUCUUUUCCUAUUUGAAAUUUCAAAAACAUGACAAAAAUUUAAAUGUGACUAUUAAUAUCAGCAGCAGUUUCUGCAGCUAAAAGCCUUCUGUUAAAGAUGCAAAUAGGCAAGCUGUGAUGGUACAUUCUUUUUGGAGUGGGCAAGCUGUGCCAUGAAUUAUUGAUUAUUUGAUUUUAAGACAUGGACAAGAGACUAAAUGUUCAAAGCAGAACAUUCACAAAUACGUGCAGAGCAUUUGGUGUUAUUCAACCAUGGCUGAACUUACUGUGACUUACUUAAGUUUGUCAGCGUGCAAAGAAAGUCGUGUGCAAUAGCCCAUGGCUAUUGGAUUUUGCGAUCUGGCUAGUGAAUUCUGUUCGUAACUUGCCAAAGGGCAAGUGAAGUUUUUUGGCAAAUUCAAAUUACAGAAGAACUGUAAUCAAUACUGCUCAUCAAAAUAUUUUUUGGGCUACUUAAAAAGACUCUUGGGCUAGUACAUACUACCUACAACUUGCCCCAAUGGCAAGCCAUAAAACCAACUUUCUUUGCAACCUGUUUGUAAUGAACUUAAUGCAUUCAUUAUCAGCUUCCCCAAAGAGGGUACUCAAGAGGUUGAUGUGUGGACUUUGCAAAUAGUGCAUUUUUAAGUUCCUGUGUUUCCUCAGUUGGUAGGGGAUUUUUUUCUAGCUAAGUGAAAGUCCCCAGUGGUUAGCAUCAUAGCUAGGGUGGAAGACAAGACUACUGGUUCUGAUAGAAAAUUGGACCUUGAAAUGUGCUUUCUUGAAUAUUCAUCAAUCUGCUUCAAAUCACUUCUAGUCAUUCUCUAUAAUACGCCAUCCAGUGGAAAAAUAUCUUGUUUGUCAUCGCAAGGAAAGAAAGACAAUAUUGUUGACAGAAAUAAUCACUGAAUAUAUUGCUGGAAUUGCUUUUCAGAAUUUUUAAGCACCUGUGCAAGAGAGUGAGGUGGAAGGUGGAGAGCAGUGUUCCAUUGGUUUAACUAACUGAUAAUAUUUAUGUUCUUCAUUGGUGUUUCAGGAGUUUGAAAAACCAAGAAAAGUCCCAAAACUGAGUCUGAAAAUACCAUACAAUACAAUGUCAAUGAUUGACUCUCAGUCAAAUGAUGAGGAGGAGGAAGAAGAGAGUUUUGAAGGUGAUAAAUUUGUCACUGAUUUGGAACAAGAACAUGAGGAAACAGCGCCUGCUUUGAGCUGUUAUACUUGUGGAGAGGAGAUUGACGGCAAGGAAAUUGUAAAAGGAGACAAAUUGUAUUGCAGCGAGGAGUGUAUGGAUAGAGAACGUCCAUCCAUUAUACCAGCUGAGACAACCAGAAGAAGGGUGAGAUAAUUAAAAAUUACUGGCCACUGAUAAUACUGUUGGCCUACAUUGUCCCUACAACACUGGAUACAAAACCUGUUGAGUCAAGUCACAAAAUACCUACUUUUUCCUGUCAUCCCGGCAAAAAUGGAAACCAUUGCCAAAUUUAUGCUUGUUUUCCCCCUUCCCCUUAUCCAUUGUUGUUUAGGAUAACAUGAGCAUUAUGCACAUUGGUUUAUUUAGACCAAAGCAACUUUGAAUAGGGAAAGGGGAGAGGUCUUAUUUUUUUCUGUUUAGAGGAGAGGGUAGCUACAUAAAAUGGCACGAAAGUUACAAAAUAGAUGAAACUGUCUAAACAGUUUUGUCUGGGGUUGUAGAGGUUUGUAGCAAAUUGACUGCCUCAGCCUGAAUAUUAGUACAGUCUGGAAGUGUGCUAAACUUCCGCUAUAUUUAAUUUAAUAAAUUAAAGUGACAACAGUCAAGUGUCUGUAUGACGGAAUUGGGGUUUAUACAUUGUAUGUAUCAUGACAUGGGGUGGGAGGGAAAUUGAGAGGACCGUUCAAUAAGUAGACAAAGGUCCAUCUUAAUUAUCAGUCAGUGUUUGUUUAAGAAUGAAAGCUACAUUUUUGUUAUGUUUUUGGAACAUUGGUUUACUAUGGCCAUCAUAGUACAAGUCCAAAAGCAAUGCUUCCCCCUCCCCCUCUCCCAGAGGUUGGUGAAAAGCUCUUUUAGUGUACAGUGUAGUUAGUGUAACUGCAAGUUAGUUUAUGAGCAAGCAAAGUGUGUAAAGAAAACAUACACCUGGACUUUGUUAAACUAAAAAGUCUUUGGCUAGUUCCUUCUCAUUUUGUCUUAGGAAGCUGAAGCAAAAUCUUGCCUUUCAAACUGCUUGACUUAUUGUUGUCUAUUGUUGGUGACAGCGCGAUGCUGUUAGUGAGUUCUUCACUUCUUGUGUGCCAGUCAUUACUUGGCUGUGUAGCUGCGUGAUGCGGUUCCGGUGGAGACCCACAAAUUGGCCCUUGCUCACCAUAGAGUCUCCAGUAGCUCAAGUGGUUAGAGCAUCCGACUAGAUCACGGAGGGUCGUGGGUUCAAAUCCCAUCUGGGACUCGGAUUUUUUAAUCCGAGUCCUCCUCAAAUUAAUAUCAUGUUGUUGUUGUUUCAUCUUUAAUAUACUCACUUUGGAGGUUGGUUGGCCGCAUCUUGGAUAUGCUUUAAGGUAAAAGCGCGAUGCUGUUAGUGAGUUCUUCACUUCUUGUGUGCCAGUCAUUACUUGGCUGUGUAGCCGCGUGAUGCGGUUCCGGUCGAGACCCACAAAUUGGCCCUUGCUCACCAUAGAGUCUCCAGUAGCUCAAGUGGUUAGAGCAUCCGACUAGAUCACGGAGGGUCGUGGGUUCAAAUCCCAUCUGGGACUCGGAUUUUUUAAUCCGAGUCCUCCUCAAAUUAAUAUCAUGUUCUUGUUGUUUCAUCUUUAGUAUACUCAUCCUGUUCACUAAUAUUAAUUUUGAUUAAUGCUGACAAGUUCUUUUUGUCUGAGCAGUAAAAUAAUAAUUAUGGUCUUGACUAGUAGCGUCUGCAAGGUUAAGACUGAAGCUCUCAAGCCAGAGGGAACCCAUGAACAGAGAACUUGAGCUUAACCUAAUUUAGCAUCCUUUUUUUGUUGUCUCUCAGGUUCAUGCAACAAGACAAGCUAUGAUGUCAGAUCAUGAGAGACCAGCCAGAGAUCUUAAGCGACAAUGUAGAGGUCUUGGAAUGGCUGGUAAGGCUCAUUUCACUCCAUCACAUCCUAUAGACCAUUUCCGAGUUUCCCCGUGCCUCUGUAUCAAAACGAAAUUAAGUGCUCAGCCUUUGAUAUGGAAAUAGUUUUUCAUUCUCAUGCAAAUAAAACUCAUUUUUGCAAGAAAGAUUGUGCACUUGGCCUCAUUUUGAAAGUGAGGGUUUUUGGGAACUCGGAAGUGGCCAAUUCGAUUUAUAACUGAACUGAGAGAAUUAAGUUGAACCUCUUUUAAGCAGCCACUCUUAAGAAAAGGCCAAGUGACCGUGUAAUGAAGGUUCCAUUCACAAUGUUCUACCGGCAAUUUUGUCCACCAGGACUCUUUAGUGACCUUAAGCAAGGACAACGACAACGGCAGUGAAAACGUCAGUAAAGAAAUUACUUUGCAUUCUUUCAAACUUAAUCACGUCUAUUUGGACCCGCUCAAUAUGUCAAAUGUAGGCGACUUUUCCUGGAGUUGAAUUCUUAAAGAUAUUAUUCAGGAUCAAAAAGGGGAAGGAAAAUUUGUUGUCAUAUGUCCACAUCCUCCAUAAAACAUCAAAUUAGGCAGUUUCAUGUCGAACUCGUGCAGUGGAUGUCAAAGAAUUGUACUAAAAAGCAUGAUGCACAUGUGGAGCUGUUGUUUCGAUCACUAAACCUAUUGUUUUUUUGAAGUCAUCGAUCAUUGUUGUCAUUGUCGUAGUUGCUUAAGAUCUCAUUUGUCUAGUAACUGGCUGGAGGGAGGCCACUUAUAGGCCACUUAUUAUAGGACUGUAGUCUUAACAAAAGUUUAUAUGUAAAAUACAAAAAUUUAAAACAAUACCAAUCAUGAAUAAUUUAUUGCUUUGUCUGCUUAGGUAGUCCCAUCAGUGCAGAGGCAGUGUUUGUUUUGCUUUGUUUUUAUAUUUGGGCAUUUUCAAGUUUUAACAGAAGACAUAAUAAAGUACCAAUAAGCCUUUACUGUCUUUUCUGAAAGCUUUGAACAUAAAAUAAAAUUUCCUCAAAGUAAUGUUCAACUGUCCUAAUAGGUAAGUUAGAAAACAGUUUCAUUAAAUUCAUGUGUUUGUUUCCUUGUAGCAUCUAUCCAAGAACUCAUUGGGUAAGUAAACAGAUAUUUAUAUACAACGUUCAGAUGCUGAUGUAAGAUAAAUAUUGACCAAUUUUCUUAAACGAGUGCCGAAGGAACAAGCUUCUGCGGGGGUUUGGUGGAAUGCUCCUCCUUGAAAUUUUUUGGAUUUUAACUCCCAAAUCUGACUGAUUUCUGUGGGACAGGGUGGAAACCGGUGUGGAUCUCCACCUGACAUUAGCUCACAAUAAAAUCAAUGUGAAUUUUCUGUAAAUGAGAAUUCGUAAAACGUCACCAUUUUGUCUUUACAAUUUGAUGACGUCAUCGUGAAAACCAUCUACAGUGUUCUCCUUAUUAGGCAGUAACCGGUAAAAUUUACCAUCUGAAGCAACACCUCUUACUGGCUGCAACUGCUUAAAGGUUUACUAAAAUAAUAUAAGUUGUUUUAAAAAAUAUGCAAGGUGUGAUCUGAUCCAAUCAAGGAAAUGAAUUAAUACAUGGAAGUGUACUAAAGUAUACACAGUUUUUCCUUUUUACGGGCCAUGCAUUUUGGAAAGAGAGCAUUUGAAGACAGAGUAAAAUAUUAUUAUUGGAAUCAAACGUUUCAAAUUGUUGUCUAAAGAUAAUGGCUGAUUUGUGUAAUAUUGGUCUUCAAAUGACGGAAUGCCGUUUCAGAGAACUUAGCUCCUAAAUUUCACAGUGAGGUUGAGGCCAUGUCCCUCACUCCACUACCCCCCCCCAGGAAAGUGUGCGUCUGGCACAUUUUUGGCCUUACCAGCAAUGAGUGGUCCCUGUUAGCUGCUGAGCUAAAAUUUAGGGAGAAUGCUGCAUCUGUUGUCUAUAAAACAUUAUUAAAAGAAGUUGAGGUGUCUGUCAGAGUUUCAUUGUGAAUGUAGUUACCUUAAUUUGGCUAUCCUCGAUUAUUAGCAAUUAUUUUUAAUAAAUAAAAUAUUUUUUAUAACUAUUAUUAUGCUAUCAUUGCACUAUUUACAUUUAUUUAAUUCAAUGAUAGACUAUUAGGUUUGAAUUCAAACUCUCAAGAAUAUAACUAUAACAUUCUGCUUACCCUUAAACCCUCCAUGGGUGUAGGGACUCCAAUAUGAAAGAGGCAGAGUUUCUGGCAUAAGCGACAGAAUGAGCAUCCCCUUCUCUUUCAUAUGGCAGGCUCUCUUGGCCAAAAAUUAAGCAAUACCAGGUUGACAAUGUCGUCUACAUCCACAGUUACUGUACUGCAGAAUCCAGCCAGAGCGGUGAAGGAAUUUAGUUUGUAAUAAUAUUACAUACUUAGAGUGUUUUCAUUGUCACAGAAUGAAAUAAUAAAUUUGAAACCAUUCAACAAAAGAAGCCAACAAAGUGAAAUGUUACAGAAGACUCAGGGCUGUGCUAUCAGAGCCUGGUAGCCCCUGGCGCCUAACUUUUGCCCUCGGGCGAGUAGAAAAUCUCAGAUUUUUCAUACAAAUCAUAUGCUGGGCACCCUAGAUUUUACAGUUUCAUAGCACUGAGCUCCCUUCAGUUUUCCUUAGAACACAGCCUUGCUACUUAUCCAAGUUUGACAGGUCUUUGCAGCGUACUGGUUUUUAGUUAUUUACCGAUAAGUUUCACACAUUUAAAUAUAGAGCUUUGUAUGGAGAGGCCAUGCUGGUGUACCAGCAUGGGACACCAAUGUGCAUAAACACAUUUUUUACUGCUUGAAAUGUUUAAACUGCUGAAAAUCAUAAGGAGAGAGAGCUUUUCCUUUAACGAGAUGUCUGUGCUGAGGCUACCACUAUGGUGUUAAACACCGUGGAAAUGUAGAAAUUCAAAAUGUUGCAUUUUCAAAAUAAAAGAUGCUAUGUGACCGUAAACUUCUACACGGAUUUCAUUUUCGAUCACCUUCAAUUUGGGGCACAUAAGAAAUUCAGAAGGCCUCGCUAUUUUGAUGUCUUUUUUAAUGACAUGGUGAAAAAACUCUAUUAGGUUGAUUUUAGGCCAUCAACAAUAUGAAAAAAGCAAGUGAGAAAAAAAAGUGAGGAAAUACAGAAGUCUGAUGCUCGGAAAAGAUCAAAUAGCAUCUGUUUUACUGAAAUUUAUGAAGCCUUGUCAAACAUUUUGAGACUACUGGAAAAAGCAAGUAAAUUAUCAUUAGACAUACUGCAGGGCUGUUUAAAUAAAUGCGUGGUCAUGGAGACCAAAAGCAAUUUUACUUAUUUGCCUUUUGAUAUUGCCUUCUUGUCAUCAUUUGGUGUGUUUUAUCUAUGAAAGUGAACCAAAAUUUAAUUUCCAUAAAAAUCAGCAUUGUCCAAUAGAUUGUUAAAGUAAUAAUAAUAAUAUCAUAAUUACUGACUUGUGAAUAUGUUCUUUGAAAGAUAUCAUUGUUAUGUUAAUGCCACAGCAUAAAAUACAAUUCACCUUUUAUAAUAAUGUUUUAAUAACAGCUGCUGCUGAUUCAAUGAACAAGUUUUAAACUACCAGUUUUCAAAAUGUUUUGAAGCAAAUGUAGUCUCUGUGCUGUGGAUUUCUAAUGAAUGCAUUCUAGUUUUAAAAUGUCAACUUGCUCAUGCAUCCAUUCAGAAACAGGAGUUUUUUUGGUUAAAUUUUUCAAAUGAAUAAUAACUUUGUGCAGCAUGAAUAAAGUGAAUAUAUUUUUUAACCUUGCAGUUCUGUUUCUUAAUGCUUCCUUAUUGAAACUUCAUUUUUAUUUCUUUCAAGUCUUUGAACAACCAUUCUUCUUGGAAUUAUACAUACACAUCCAGAGCUUGUACAAAAAAGCUAAUAAGUGACGGUGUAAACCCUUAUAAAACAGGCCGUUAAAUUUUCGGGCAGAAACUUAAGUGAAGUAAUAAACAACAAAGACGCAUUCCGACGACAGAAUAUCACACUGGCGAGCAUAAUCUGUGAAUUGUUUUCAAUUCAUAGUGAAAUUUUACUGUGAUGACUCUCGAAAAAAAAAAGGAACAAAAACUAACCAUCUCACUACUUUUUGUAAAGCAUUAUUCCACCUUUUAGGUCAAACAGGGAACAUACUACGCUAAUGUAAAAGAAACUUCUAAUGAUCAUUAAUGUCGUUUCAUGACUUUGAGAUUGUCCUAAUGCAAAGUAAGAUUUAAUCAUGGUAGAUUUUUAUUCUUCCUUACCAUAAAGUGAUAAUACAAUAAAAAACUCUGUGGACAUUAUGUCUGAACAUAGGUGGGAUUUUGUCAGACCCUGGCAAAUUUUGGUCGGCCAAUGUCCAAUGACCGACUGUUAUUUGCAGCCCUGUACUGUAGGUAUUUUUCGAUGUCUAGAUGUUAGUUUCACUGUCUUAAUUAUAACAUGGCUUCAGUAUUUUAGUGACUUAGUGUACCUACUAGAAAUGAAAACCUCCUAGAAAAGCCAGACUGGUCAUUUUAAUACAGUCAAACCUCAUUAAUAUGGACACUGAGGAUGCUAUAGAAAGUGUCCGUAUUAAUGGGGUGUCCGUAUUAAGCGGGUUGAAUUUAGAGAAAAUUUAAGUUUUUUCUUUCCUCAGGGACAAAGGAAACUGUCUGUAGUAAUUUGGUGUCCUUAUUUAGUAGGUGUCUGUAAAGCUGGGUUUAACUGUUAUGUGGUAGGCUUUUGAGAGUUUUCACUAGACCCCAGCACUGCUGUGCAUAGAAUUUAGGAAUAGACUGGUUUGGCUGUGGGACAGUUCUGACUAAAUUAUGCUAAAAUCUCUUCUUAACAGGACUGGUCUUGCAAGCCAGUUCUAACCAAUGGUAAGCACUCUUACAUGUAAUGUUUAAAAUUUGUUGUACACUCAGGUGUCCCACACCAGGAUGUGACGGAAAGGGGCAUGUAAAUGGAAAAUUUGCUUCACAUCGCAGGUAGGAAAUCAGCUGUUUGAGUGAUAAAUGAAAGAGUAUUCUUAUAACAGUCAACUACAGUACUAUAGUUGCAUCAAAAGUAAUAGUUUAAUAUUUAUUUUAUUAAGCUAGGAUACUGUGCAAGUAUGCAGGAGUAAAUGAUAUAGCAAAGAGCUUGAAGAUGAACAUUAAUAAUAAUAAUAAUAAUAAUAAUAAUAAUGAUAAUAAUAACAAUGGUUAAUUCACAGUGAUCCAUAAACUAAAAAUAUGGUUCUUUACCUUUGACUAAUCUAACCUACUAAGCCACUCAUCAGUUGGUGUAAAUAUCAUUACUACAAAACUAUGAACAGUGAAGUAAUAAUACAGUGCAACUAUUGUAAUUGGGGCCACUUAGACAAAGUUGACCAAUCGGGUUACAGGAAAAUAACAACACAUUCCAAGAAAGUUGGUUGUGGGUCAAUCAGCAGCUCGUAAAAAAACAAUGAGUUACUCUUGGCACAAAAUUUAAUAUUGAUAGCAAGAGUUUUUCAGUAAAGCAAAAUGUUUCACCAAACAAUGUUUUUGCUAUUUGAAACUUUGCAUACAACACCCAGGAGGCGUAUCUCUUUGACACAAGCUGUUUUUUUGUCAUCUACCUACCAGCAAUUUCUUUGCUACUAUUGCUGUGCUAAUUGCAAUAACAUGCGACCGCUAGUCAAGAGUAUCACUCACCCUAACGGACCUCUUGGGAAACACGUGCUUUCUUCAGCAGGUUCAAAGCAAAAUGUUUCACCAAACAAUGUUUUUUUCUAUUUGAAACUUUGCAUACAACACCCAGGAGGCGUAUCUCUUUGACACAAGCUGUUUUUUUGUCAUCUACCUACCAGCAAUUUCUUUGCUACUAUUGCUGUGCUAAUUGCAAACCCUAACGGACCAGUCUUGGGAAACACGUGCUUUCUUCAGCAGGUUCAAAAGGUCACAUCUGUAGGUUGUAAUUGGUUGAUUUUGAUCCAUGUUGUUUAAUUUGUUUCAUGGUAAUUAGGAUAGACAACUAACUUUCUCAGAAUGUAAUUAUCAUUUUCCUGUAAUCCGAUUGGUCGACAUUGUCUAGGUGGCCCUGGUUAUAGUAGUGAGUGACACACUGUAAAACAAUUAGUUAAAAAAGACACAGUUACGUGUUCGGAUGUGGCAGAUUCUGCAACAAUCAUCUUGUGGCAAAGGGAGGUUCCUUACUGUGCAGAAAGCAUAAGUCUAUAAUCAGCUUGUUUGUUUUCCUUUGCAGUGUUUAUGGGUGUCCCUACGUCCAAAAAUCCAGCAGACGAAGGACUGAUAGUGGAGGUAUUAGACAAUCUUAAUUUUGCUUGCUAAAGACUGAGGCCCCAGUUGUUCAAACGGUGGAUAGCACAAUCCAUUGGAUAAAUCACUAUCCAGGGGAUAAGUGUUAGGGAAACCAAUAAUAUUAUUGCUUUAACCACCGUUUGAACUGGGGCCGGUUGUCUGUUAACCGUUUAAGCCCCAAUAUCCGCAAACAAAUUCUCCAAAGUGAUCUCUAUACAUUUCCUUACAGAAUAAGUUGGGAGAAAUUGAUAAAAGAUCAGAGAUUCUUCUCUUUGUGAUCAUUUGAUUAAUUCUCAUAGAUGUUGUACUUGACAAUCUAUGGAUAUUGUUAGGAGAAAAUUGAUGUUGGUCACUAUUGGGACUUAAAGGUUUAAUUGGUUUAGUAUCUACUAAAUAAAUGUAGGGUGACAAUGGAUGUACAAUCCUCAUAAAAGAUUAUCAAGACAAAAAUCAAAUCUGAAUUUUGUCUCCAUCCUCUCAAGAAUAUUAGAGAAUCAAGCCUUUAUAACGAGUGUCAACUUACUUUAGAACAGUACUGGCUAGAAUAAUAUCAGUCAACUGAUCCCUAAAAAUUGAUGAACUGUCAGGUGGCAUUAAUUAAACUAUCAUUAUUUUAUUUGUUUUAUGCAGAUAGGGAUUAUGAUGGGGCUUCAGAAACAUCAAGGUGAUGAUUAUGGUCUUUCCUCUAAUUAAGAUGGGGGUUGGGCUGUUAUUGUCCACUCUCCUAAUUUCCAGCCUUAUAAAUAAAUACCGCCGUAUUUGAAAUUUUUUUCCACAAAGCUGAACUGUCAUGUGUAUCAGAUUUGUACAAGAGCCAUGAUGGCUCUUGAUUUUAAUUAGUAAGGUAAUUAAUAUUUUUUCCUAAAUUGUUGGUUAAACGAUCUUCUAUGUAAUAAUAAUGUCAUUUUCAGCCGUGUUAUGCUUUAAAAUUAAUUGCCAAGACACAUGUGAUGUAGGGAAAGCUUCACCUUCACAUUGCUACUAUUAAGCACAGAUUUCUUCUGAAAUCAUCUUGGAACUACUGCUCACAGCUUCCUUACCAGUGCUAGUACAGAAAAAAUACAUAGGACACAACUGAGAGGUGUAAAUAUAUAUUAACAUAAUAUGACGUUUUGAUUUGUUUGCAUCCAAUACUAUACAAUAAUUCAGUUAAAAAAUAUGGUAUGAGGAGGCGGCGUGGUCGAGUGUUUAGAGCACUGGACAAAUCAGAGGCCCCAAGUUGAAGUCCCGCUUAGCCUGUGUACAGACGUGCCCCCUCCAUCAGAAAAAAAUCGGGAGAAGAGGGAGGGGGGACGUCUGUACACAGGCUAAGUCCCGCUCUGACCUCUAGCUGGAUUUGUUCACGGUAUUCCCGAGUUGAAAUCCUCGGCCAUGCUUGUAAAUAGCCAGCUGGUUUGCCCUGGCCAGUUGGGUUUCUUAACCCUGUUAAGUCAAUUGAAUUAUUUGUUUAAGUCAUUUUCUCGGCCCCAGCAUUAGUGCUAUAAAUACUACCGAUGGUAAAAAACGGAAUUAUUGUUGGUAGUAUUUGACAAAACGUUCCCAUGAGCAUAGGUUCGGUCUUUAUGCUGCUUUUUAAUCAUCUCAGAUGUCCAACACCCGGAUGUGAUGGCUCAGGACACAAAUCAGGGUUAUUUGCUUCUCAUAGAAGGUAACUAUCUAAUUAGAAAUUCGAGCGUACUUAAAUUUUAUUUUUUAAAAUUUAAAAAUUUACACAUGCACUCGCAAAAAGAAAACCUGUUUAAAAAAAAUGCUUUUUGUGGAUUGUUGGAAUACUGACUGUCAGUAGCCCAUCUCACUAAUGUAGUAAGUGCUAGUUAAAACUGCUAACUUAGCAUGUGUGUAGAAAGAAGCAAUGUUUGUGAUCUCACAUGCUUGACACAAAGAAAAACUAAAGCUGAGUCUGCGAUAGGAUUCAAAUUCGUGAUAGUCCAUAGCAGUGUCAGGUGCUUCGGCCACUCAGCCACAGCUAACGCAAUUUUGGUAUUAACGAGGCCAUUUACUUGUAAAAUCUUUUGUUGCUUUGAAUUUGGCAAAUUGGCAGCUUCUCUUAGUACCGAGUUUAUAAUGGGGUUAACCACGGAACACUUUCCUUUGUAGCUCUAAGUAUCUGCAAUAAAAAGUUUGUGUGGUAAUUGUUUUCAAUACUUGAGUAGGCUACAUGUAUUCCUUCAUUUUCUUCCGGGAAGGUUGAGCGAACGCACCCGCAUAAAAUUUCCGAGAAGAAGCGAGACGCGGAGAAAGGAGAGAAUUAUCCUUUCCUUACGCGUGUCUCUUUCUCCGCGGGUAGCGAUUUUCCACGCGUUCUCACGUGUUUCGCCUUCUCUGCUUUUCCUGAGGUAAAUGGUGGACUACUCGUUGUCGAAUAAGUGAGCACCACUACAGUGAACCCCCUUUUAACAUAGAUCAUCAGGUAAAUUAAUUACUGAACCAUUUUCUUGAAAUGUCUUUCCAUUUCAGCCUUUAUGGGUGCCCCAGGAGGAUUUCUGUGGAAAAAACUAAAGAUGGUAACCACUUACUCCCGUUGCGCUUAAGUUAACUUAACUCAUGUUUAUGUGAUAGCUAAGAAAUGUUUUCUGGAAGGGAAAGCGAUGUUUGUUUCCUUUCAUCAUGUAAUGCUGUUUGUAACCCUGAACUAUUAUCCUGAAUUGAGGUGGUGAAACCUAGGGCACUUUCCAUUUGUCAGAACUGACCGGCCAGACCAUUCGUGUAGUAUUUUAAUUAAUGCCAUCCAGCAAAAUCAGUCAAAUCCUAAACAGUAUGCGCGAAGGAGAUGGUUUUCAUUACAAACUCUUGGAAGAAGCUUAUUUCAUUGUCGAAAUGACUGGUCCGGCCACAGUCCAGCUGGCCCGUUCUGACUUUAGGAAAGCGUCCCUAGUGGGCAGCCGAGAGUGACCAACUGAUUUGUGACUAUUAAUAGGCUGAUUUAGCAACAGAAUGGGAACGUCAUUUGACGACGGGAAAGCGCGCGAAAACGACUAAACUCGACUUCCGGUGCUCAAUUUGCCGCUCUGCCAUUACCUUUUUUGUGGGGCCGGAGCAAAGAGAAGUGAGCAGAAAAAGACCGCGAGGGGGUGGGGUAGGGGGUGUAUUUCCUUUCGCGCUCUCUUACUUCGCUGCGCACUCCACUAUCCGAACGCUUGGAACAGGGUAAAUAUACACUGUUCCCUUCCUUUGGACAAAGUGGUGAAAUUCUACUGCAUUGAACUCUUUUGCUUAGUACCUUAUUAUGUGAAUUGCAUUGCAUUCGUUGCAAUAAAGCCUUGGGAAUGAACAUAGCCCUGAAAGGAUAAAGUUUAAAUGGCCAGCUGACCAGUUUUUUAGUUUGCAGUGGUGGCGUUUGAAGGGAAAGUAGUCUUUUUAGCAGAUUUAGCACCUACCGUUGAGACUCCAUGAGCGACCACCUCUCGUAAGCGACCACCUCCCGUAAGCGACCGCCAAUCCAAAACAACAAAAUUUUCCCAGUCAAUGCCCUAUAAUAAAAACUCUCAUAAGCGACCGCGGCCACUUUGUUGCUUGAUGGUUUUAUAGUUUUUCUUUAUUUUUAACCUCUUGUAAGCGACCACUUGACGCAUAAUGCGGGCUCUUUGUUCGCGGUAUGUACCACGACACUCAGAAUAAAUUAUACGAAGAACUUUCAGUGACAACAUGGAACCACACGUAUACGUAACGUUAAAAUUGCAUGCAAUAAAUUCUCUGCCAAAAAGUAGAUGUGUUGGGACUUAUUCUCGGAAGGGAGCCCUGUGGUUCAAUUCUCUUAAGCGACUGGUUCCCGUAAGACCAAUAAAUCCUCGCAUUUUAGGUGGUCGCUUGCGGGGGGUUCGACUGUACUCAUUUAUCAAUUUGCUUAACAUUUUUUUUCGCUUUUCUUGUUUAGGCAAGUCACUAGAUGACAAUGGCCCUAGGUAAGCCUAAAAACCAAGAAAGUGUAAAUAAGCCAGUGAGACAGGGUUCAACAGUUUGUUGAUAAAUAAGCUUACAGCUUCACUCGGUCUAUAACAAGAUGUACAAACAAAAAGAAAUGAUAAUACAAAAUUUUUGUUGAGGCGAUAGGAAAGAAGUUUAGUACCAAAUAUCAAAAUUGCUUUCACAAGAUUGUAAUCAUCUAGCCAAAAUAAACGUGUAUGCAGAAAAUAAACUGAAAAUAAAAUACUGUGAAAACCACCUAUAGAAUGAUUUAGCACCCUGUAUGAAAUAUUUCCUCAGAUGUCCUACCCCUGGAUGUGAUGGUACAGGUCACAGGACAGGAAUGUACACAUCACAUAGAAGGUAGGUUCGUCACUUGUGUGUUUAAUCAAAUCUUGUAUGAAGAACACCCAAAUUAUCAGACUAGAUACAAAGCUGAUCUCUUAAUUUUGACUUAAAUAGUUGUCUGAUAAAAGAGUCUACGGUUAAGUUAAAUUGGGCCUUAAGUAUACCUAAGCUCACACCGAUAGAAACUUGGUAAUUCACGGGCUUACCAGACAUUUUAUGGAAACACUGAUUAAUUAGGGACAUUACGAUCUGACAACGGCGCUGAAAUCGUCACUGAAAAGAUGAGUUCGCGUCCAACUGGCUCAGUCUUUUAAAAAAUGGGGCUGAAGAAGGAUGAAAGCGUAGAAUUUAUCGCUCUGCCGUUGACACCCUCAAGAAAAUUUACAAUGUAGUCAUUUCACGUCGUUGUGGAGAGAUGGACUUGAAUUGUGCGCAGAGUUGUUGUUUGCUUAUUGAACUUAUCGCUUUCUGGACAUUUUCGUUGCCGUCGUCGUCGCGGUGGGGAAGCUCCCCGAAGGGGGGGUACUCCCAUACAUUACCUAUACGAGUAUGUGCCACCCAACGGGGUCGUGAUUUUGAAGCUCCUGAUUUAGAACGGGGUAUCCAUUUCAGAGGCGUUUUCUAAAACGGGGUAUAAUAUUUCGAAAGCGCGAAAGCUCCAGUUUUGUUAGCAGCCAUUUGAAUUUAUUCAAGGACAGAUUGCUUUUAAUAACACGGUUCAAUGCGUUAACAAGCAAACUGUUGUACUCUUGUUGCACCCUAGAACGGAGUAUAAAAAAUUGGCCCAUUUCUAGAACGGGGUAUCAGUUUUAGAGCUAAUUCUAGAACGGGGUAUAAAAAAUUGGCCCAUUUCUAGAACGGGGUAUCAAUUUUAGGGGAAAUUUUUUUUAGAACAGGGUGCCAAUUUGGAGUCCCGGGCGGCACAUACCCACCCAAAAAAUACCCAAGUGCCCCCCCGGGGGGAAGCUUUAGCAACGACGACGGCGACGGCAAUGAGAACGUCAAAAAAAGCGAUAGGUUGAAUAGACAAAACAACAACUUUGUCAGUACAUCACGCUUUUCAGUUUUGUACGUUUAUUUGCUGUCUCUGCACGACUACGACGUGAAAAUACCUUAUUUCACGUUUUAUGGAGGACGUUAACAAGCUACGACGAAUAUUUCUUUCUCUUUUUAAACUUAAGUGCGGUCUCCAAGAAAUCAGAACGUAAUUCGCCUACAUUUUCAGCUAAAUGGAAUAAACUCGACAAAGUGUGAAAAACGCGAAUUCAUUAUAAGGUGACGUUUUCUCUGCCGUGGCCGUCGUCUUCGCUAAAGCGUCUUAGUUUCGUAAGGUUUUCUUAACUCAAGAGACCCCUUUAUAAGAUCUACGCCUCCCUUUCACCGCCCAGGCAGAGUUAGGCUGAGAUGAUCUGUCAUUUUAACUUUCCCAUCUGUGGAUGAAAUCCUAUGAUGUUGCUUUGGUAGACGUUCUGUAUGGUUCUGUUGAAAUGUUUGAAGUUUUUUAAAAUUUUUGCGUAUUCAAUCGAACAGUAAUUUCCUUUCCCUUUCUGUUAUCAGAUGAACUCCUCUCUGAGAUAACAUUAUUUAUGGCUGGCCCCAAUGGUAUCCGUGCUAGAGAGAGUUGACCUCAAUGCAAAAAAAGAGCCAUAAAACUCUGCCACGGCAUUAGUCAGGCUUGCUCGAAUCGAUGGGGAGGUCGUUUUUGAUAGUAUGGUGUUAUUAUUGAGAUGAUCAUAGCAAAAGGGUGGCCAUAUAAUUAGGGUGGUUAGAUGACAGGGUUUAAAAACGUCGCUGUUGCUAUGAUCAUUUAGUCUGUCAGGUUGCCCUCUUGCCAAUAGUCAGAAGUCAUCAUCUCGGCAGUGCCGGAGUCCACCAGCCACACCUCCACACAAGAAAGGUAUGUCGCUUCGUGGCCAAUAAAGCCCAAAUAUAGAGAAUCGUGCUUUGAAGUUGACGCGUAACUAGCCGACCUCAUCUUCUGAUGAAGUCUAGCAGUAAGCAGUCGAAACGUCGCGAACUACAUCUCAAGUGACUGCAUCGUGAAAUAAACCGCUAUAAUGAUUAGAUUAUUAUUUAAUCAUUUGAAGUGUCUAGACUACAUUCCAUUAAUUUUUUUUUUGACAUUUGACGUUAUGGUCCACACUUUUUCCUGUCAAAUCCCGUGCUGCUGAUCUUCCUAGUGCUACAUUUCCAAUAAAUUCUUGGUAAAUCCUAGAACUCAGCGCUUUUUGCUAAUUUGAACCAUUCACAAGUAGCAAAUAAACUAAGUCAACCAACAAGGUCAUUAAUUCAUUCUGCUUUGUUUCGCGACAGAUGGUCCAGAAAUCCGAUUUGACAUUCUGUUGACAUUGUCAGUUUUCUUCAGCUGUUAGUUUACCUCUUUAGAUUGUAUUUUGCAAACUUAAAGUGCACUCUAACUGAAGUCUUGGUCAUAGCCGUUUAGUCACCAUGCAUCAGCUCUGAUACACCCUGUUCGCCAUAGAGCCUCUAGUAGAUCAGUGGUUAGAGCGUCCGAACUAGAACUCGGAGGGUCGUGAGUUCGAUUCUCACCUGGAGCUCGGAAUUUUUUGCUGAGCUUUCUGGUGUAAGAAUUCUCCUUCUUCCAAAUUAUUCGUUGUAAAUUACGUUUAGGCUGUGUUCGUUUGGAAUGAAACGUUUCUUUCUAAACCGGUUGAUUUGGUUGAAGUACAAUACUUGUGACUUGGCAUAAGUAACUCCAGCUUUCAUGUACACGACCGCAAGAGGUAUGCGGGCAAAUUGGGACAUUGUUGCCCCUCAAUAUGUCAGGUGUGACAGCACAUCCCGCCCAACCCAUGCAGCGAGUCCUUAGACUUGGUUAUAGAAAGUCGUUUAGGGAAGGAAGGACGGUUGGGUUUGCCUACUUAACCAGUGUUUCGCAUUCAGUUUUUACUCUUCGCUAGCAUAUUUUGCGCUUCUCUGUCGUCUUUUGCCGCUCGACGACGUCUUGAGCUAGGGUUAAAGGAGAAAAAAGUAAUUCAACCAAAUUAACACAAAAGCAACACUCCACCAAGCGAAAACGAUUUCUAAUACAACACAGCCUUAUUUUUCCAGCUUUAGUAAGAAUUGGCUUCUGCUAUUUUCAGGUUGUGCGCCAAAAUACCUUCUCACAGACAAAUCCUCGCCGCAGGAGAGUCCAACCUCCCCAGACUCGGGAAUAUCAUCUGCUUCCAGCACUGAAGACAAUUCCGCCAAAAAAGAACUCAAUUUUGAAUCAGACACUAAAGAGACGUCCUCUGUUUUUACUUUCCCGAAAAGCAAACCACCUAAAAUAAAAAAGGAGCCUCAGUCAGAAACGUGUACAACAACAGCACCGGCCGCAAAGCUUCCAGAACAUUCCAUGCCAAGCAUCAUUACAGCAACUGCAGCCGUCGCCGUCGCGAAUUCGGUCAUGAGCGGUAAUCUGGUUUCUUCAUCAAAACAAUUGUCUUCAUCACAGGAGAGUUUAGCAGGCGAUCUUGUGGAACCAACAGUCAAAAGGGAGCCGAUUGAUGGCGAAGAAGAGGAUGAGUACAGUGAGGAGGAUGAUGCAGACUCGGAGAUGAGUUCAGAUGAGAUGUGUCUGGAAGCUAAAGAAGUGGUCAAUUACACGUCUGAUGAGAGUAAUUCUGAUGAAGACGACUUCAGGAAAGAUGAAGACGAUUCUGAUUAUGGAGACAAAAAAGGUAACCUUGACAAACCUUACCCUGUGUCGCGGUCAUGGGCGGGACCCGCCGUACCACCACGUCUGUCUUUACAACCUUUUUUCUUACCGCUAACUUAAGUCCAGUCCUUACUUUUUCUACAACCCCGUUUUGACAACCACUGGCCACUUUUCGGUGACCAGAGUCGUUAUUAUUUGUAUCAUCUGCAUAGAGAGCUUAAACAACUCCCGUGGUGACGGCAGCGAAAUCGUCACUUAGAAGCUGACCGAUAGAAAUGUCCCAUGCAGAGGUGGUCAAUACAGUUUGAAAGGGUUGGGAAGAGCAUUUUUUAGUGUCAUAUCAUGUAUUCAACUGUUCAUCAUAUUUGAGUUUACAAACUGAAGGUCAUAAUCUCGUUUUUGAAUUUUUUUUUUCUUUUACAGGUUCCUCAAGGUUCAUUGGGUAUGUAUUUAUUGUAUAGUGUUUUAAUUAUCAAACUCAAAUCUGCAUUCCUGAGCCCAUUUAAGCGAGAUUAAAAUGAAAUAUGACUGUUAUGUAUUUAUCUGGUAAAGAAGUAAUGGUUCCAUAAAUUUCAGCUUUCUUUGUCGUUUAAUGUAUAAAAGACAAAACGUCAAAAACUUUAAGUUUCACUAGAAUGGUAGUUUCGAUGUCUUAACAAAAUAAAAAAUCACUGAAUUCGCUAAAGUACAAUCCAUCCCUAAGUUUCAUCUUUCCCUGAAUAACUACUACCUCUGUUUUGCUUCGCGAUUCAUUUUAUCCAACAUAACUUCACUUACACUUUGCAUUUGGUUGCAUCUAGAAACAUUUUACCAAAUUAGCGCAGAGAGAUUUUCGUAUUAACAGCUGUGAAAGUGUUUGCGCUGCACUACCUUUUAGGAAAGUCCUUUUUAAGCAGUGUUCUCUCUUUUGUUUCAGUUGUCCAACAGAGGGCUGUGAUGGAUCAGGUCAUGUUAAUGGUCGGUUUGCCAGUCAUCGCCGCCUCUCCGGUUGUCCAAGAGUUCUAAGGAACACGCCUCUGCCUAAAACCCCAGUGAAGCGUGAAUAUGGUAAAGGUUUUUUGUUGUUUUUCUUUUUAAAAAUGCAACGAAAAGAGAUUAGUAAUGCUUUACUUUGAUUGGCUAAAACUCUCCCGCUCCUUUGCCACAUUCUCGCACUUAUUUCCGCGAUUUCUGGCUUCAUGUGUUUGCUUCGAGUUGUGAUUGGUUAAUUUGAUUGCCAGCAGUAAUUCUGAUUAUGAUUUUUUGGUUGCUGUUUUAAGUGAUUAAAGCAAAACUGCUCUUUUUAGAUGGAUCGAUGCUAAUUACAAGAUUCGUACAGGGGGUAUUGAAAACCUGGAAAGACAUGAAAUUUAAAAAGUGACUUGAAACUGGAAAUUACGUCUUUUUAUUUGCAGGUCCUGAUGGAAAGCCGAAAGAGCUUCUUUGGUAAUUAACUUUCUAAACUACUUGUCUCUCAAAAGAAGUUUCAAUUUGCAAUAUUGCGCCCAAUGUUUCACUCAACGUGGCUACAUUCUGUUGCAUUUCUUGCCCACAAAAUUGGCGCAACAUUUGCUGGAACGCCACCAAGGGAAAGAGAGGCAAACUUUCACUUGUCCAAAGCGGUUAAUUAUGAACGUAAAUUUCGUUAGCUUGCGGCCCAAGAUUUAAAGCUUUGUCACUCCAUUGCACGCAACGUUACAGAUAGUAGAUACCCAACGAAACGUUUUCGUGCCUUAAUUUCAAGAUUGGACAAGAGAUGAAUGUUUUUGCGCACUUAAUUAAAAUUAGUGAUAUUUGCUCAACUGCAGAUUGCUCAGAAUUUAGGCAGUUAACUAAACCAUAGUUAAUUGAGUGGAAUGGUUAUGAAACCCGUCAGACUCCUUUGUUAUAUGUUUUUGUGGACCUGAAAGUGCACAACGUUCAAAAUAAUUCCUAUCAUUUUGAUUGUAUUGACCAAUAAAAACGUUGCAUUAAUUUAUUCCGUAACAAUUUGCCAACAGAAAACAAAGGAUUGUGCACUUUCACGGUGCUUUGAACAUAAACUACAGCACUGUUGUUUUUAUCAUUGAUGUUUGCCGCUUUUCAUAACCAGUCUCCUCUAAUAACUAUGACUAAACCUAGUUUUUUUCGUUUUUGUAGUUGUCCCACCCCCAACUGUGAUGGGAAGGGUCAUGUAUCUGGUCAAUAUGCUACUCACAGGAGGUAGGUGUAUUUUUACGGGUUUACAGCUGCGCCUAAUGCUGUGUUCACACUCAGGUGAAACAUCUUUCAGAAAGAACUAGCAAGAUGAAAUAAAUUCGUUUUCUCAGGUGUACACUGGAGUUAAAUACGGUUGAAUUUCCUCGUAGACUUGCCUGCUGAUGGUUUAAGUAGGGUGAAUAUCAUCGUGCCAGUGAGUGUAAGUCCUGAGCAGGACAAAAACGCUUUGUAUUCGAUAAUGACUUUCACCACCCGAACUUUAAAAAACAAACCACUCGUUAAAUUUUUUAUCAAACAAUGCAGUGGAGUUAUAAACGAUUUUUAGAAUUCGUUUGCUUGCUGAUGUAGGAAUCGGACUCAGGAAUACUCCACUGGUCGAACGUCGGUAACUGUCACGAGCCCGUUCUGUUCUGAAUUCAAGAAUACUCACCAAACCGAUCACAUCCAGCCUUCUUAUGAAAUGAUUUUGGUGUUCGUGCCUUUAAACGUUUGCUACGCUUUCAUCAACACGUUCAUAUAUCAUUGCAAAUAAGCCACCCAUCGACAUUCCGGUACUAGAAGUAUGCAAGAUGUUUGUCACAUGAACCUCGUUUAAUGGCCUAAGCUCACACCAGUCUUCUGUAGCUCAUUGCUGGAGCAUUCGUAAUUGUAACCGGCAGCUAAUACGUUCAACUCUUGUUGGGAGAGAUCAGAUUUUUCGGGCUAGUCUCCUGUGUCACUUACUAACUAGAAACAUCAUUUCUACUUAAAAAUGUCUGUCAGCCUCAAGUUACCAGAGGAACCCUUUGUUCUACUAUUUCUAACUGAAUAAACUUGUUGUUGUUUUGUUCAAAUGAGCAUGUUUUGUUGACGUGCUGAGAACAUGAUAACAGAAUAUGGACCUCAUCACUUGCCUCAUUUCUCUCCGUUUCUUUCAGCUUAUCAGGGUGCCCACUGGCGGCCAAGAUGCAACAACAGGAACACCAAGAAGUUAGGUACAUGUAUGUGUUAGUUAAACACAGUGAGUAGUUGUUAUUUUUUGGUGUUUUCUCUGAGCGUUGAAUUAAUUGUUGCCUCGCCUUCUGUUGUCAUGUAGGUGCCCCACUGUUGGCUGUGAUGGAACAGGUCACGUGACUGGAAAAUACUCGUCACACAGAAGGUAGAUUAGAUAUAAGUUUAGUUAACGAGAAAAAUCCCAAAAGUUACUACUUCUAAGAUAAGAUUAUUAUCAAAUUUUUCACUUUGAUUAAUCUAACCGUUUCAAACUUUGGCUUGUCAAUGUCAUUUUAAAGGGAAUAUUUCAGCAGGUGUGGAACAUUUUAAAUGUAAAGAAACUCCAGCUAGGUUUUCAAUUUAAGGAAUUAAAAUUAAACUCACCAACUGUGAGAAAUAAUUGAAAAAUAGUGGCCCAAAAUGUAAGUCGCUUAAUAGGCGUAGAAGUAAAAUAAAUUUUAACCGUUCGUGGAAACAAAGUUUCGUCAGAAUUUUUUGGUCAACUGUAAUACACUUCAAUUCAUGUAAUCCUCGUCCUUGUUCGCCUUUUUUUUCCCGAUUUUCUCUGUAAAUUUUUUUAUUCAGACCAGUGUAACAUCGCCCAGCAGUCGCUAGCAUUUGAUGGCCUAUUUCUGUGACACGGAACUUGGGACAGUAAAAUGUCGAUACUUUAACAGAACUCUUUCAUUUUACGGAAUAACUUUCCCCUCGUCCGUAUACUCUCCGACACGCGACCUCAAGUGGUCUUUGUCAAAUCUACUUGCUACGCUUUUCUCCUAUUUGAAAACGUAUGGUGACCGUGCGUUCUCAGGCUGUGCUCCAAAACUAUGAAACUCUUUGCCUCUUGAAUUAACAAACUCCUCUUCGGUCAGUAUCUUUAAGAAUAAGUUGAAGACGUCUACUUAGGUUUGUUUUUUCAAGUAAACGUUUUUGCCCCUUUUUAUAGUUGAUGUCUUGUGCUUGUAAAUUUGAAAGUUUUUACUUGUAAUUUUUAAUUUUUUGUACAUACUUUGUAAAUCGCCGUAGAACCUUGGGGAUUUUGGCGCUAUAGAAAUUGAAAUUGUAAUUGUAAUUGUCUUUUUAGUUUGUCAGGUUGUCCAUUGGCACCAAAGCUUGCUCUUCAGAAUGCCGAAGCAGGUACGUUUCUUUUCGAACUUUCGAUACUGAAAUAUCGGAUUUUAGGGCAAUUUUUUUAUGUUGAGUUGCGUUACUAGACACUCCCAUGACCGCGUUCAAAUCAUGAAUAUACACUUGGGGAUGAAUCAGUGUCAGCAUCAGAUGGCUGAUGAUUAAACGGAGAAUGAUCACUUUUUUUUUUUUUAAUUUUUAAGUAGGCUUUUAUUGGGUUGAUUUUGCCAAGGAGUGCUAUGUCACGACCGAAAAGUCGACCUCGUCGGAGACAACCUUUCAUUUCUCCUAACCUACAUCCUUUCAUUUUUGCUUUGUUUCUUAGGUGACAAACAGUCCGACAAACAAGGACCCACGUGAGUAAUCGUGAUUAUUUAGUGCUAAUUUUUUAGGGAGUGAUUUACCCUCAGUAUAACAUCAUCGGGAAUCGGUGCUUUCAGUGGGAUUUUUAGGGACUUCCUUGGACAUCCCACUGGCAUUUUUCGGCGUAGUAUGAGAAUACAACUGCCACUCAUCGCUCCCAACCGCUGGGGCGUCACCAGUUGUGGGGAGCUAUGAGGGGUAGCUGUAUUUGCAGGUUAAGAACAGGCGGGGGGGGAGGGGGAGGGGGCUGCUUAUGAAAUGUUGCAUUUUAGCCUUAUUUAACCCGGUCCUAUACUUACUUUUACAGGUGUCCUACUCCAGGUUGCGAUGGAACAGGACAUUCCAGCGGCCAGUUCAGCACCCACAGAAGGUUAGCUCGUGUUAGAUUGUUCGGCAGCGAUAGGGGUAGCAAUAACGUUAUAGUAGGAGAGCUGCUUAAAAACUGUUUGGGACAUGGAACUGUCUUAAGAAAGUAAAUUUGGCUUUGAAACAUACAGUGGACCUUGGCAAGAAAGAAGAACGCCAAUUUAUUGGCAUGUUUGUUACCGGUGUUGCUGCAUACAUCUUGCUUUAGUUUUUGGGUCACUUUCUGGUUAGAUCGAUGUGUUUCAGUUUUCAAUACCCUUCGCUUAUUUAUCGUCUUUGUUGCUUCUACUCCCUCGUUUUGUAGUUUGUCAGGAUGCCCGAUGGUUUCCCCGUCAGAGAAGAAAGUUCUCAUGAGACAGGAAGCAGAAUCCAAGUUACUGGCUCAAGCCAAUGCUAGCAGAGACUCUGAACCAGUCAGGCUGGUCAAAGUACGCUCGGGAAAAGGUAAGGCGCACAGAAAAAAAAACGUUGUGAUUCGAUAAUCUUCCUCCAAGUGCCCCGAUUCGAGUAGUCGCACUGUAAAAAUACGGUAGUUAGCCUAGCCAAAUUCACGAAGGUGACUCUUUGAGAGUUUGGCAUGUUGCGUCUUUACGAAGAAGCAAGUGUGUGACACGCGUUAUGAAAAAGCGCGUGGAGAUACAUUGUAUAGGUUUUCGGCACCAGGGUGUUUUAUUUAUAGGUUAUAAUUCACAAAGGCUUCCCAUCACAGUGAAUGUGCGUGUCCCGUGUUGAAAUAUUUAAUAACGUUAUUAACGAGAAAUGUACAAGGUUUACGGAUAGUUUUACUUUUUGCGACAACCGUGGCAAAACUGAUGCAGUUUUCAAGUGGUGCUCUAUUUUGUCAUGUUUACUACUUUCAUUUACCGUGGUCUUUUUUCACAUUUUUUCUGUACUACCUUACACCUCUGCAGGACACUGCAAGAUGGGUCAGUCACAAAUUUGUAGUGGCAAUCAACUGAGUACAAUUAAUGUUAGAUAGGCAGUUUGCAGGUAGACAGCACAUGGCAAGCUAUGAAUGAUAAAAGACCUUCCCAGAAAGGAUAUAUUUCAUGGAUAAACCGUAAAGGGCCGACGCGGUGUACAGUCAGGCAAGUUAGUUAGGUAGCAAGUUCGUUGUUUUUUGAGUAAGAUUCCAUCGAGUGUUUGACAAUAUACAAGUACGAAACUUUCUUUUGUUUGUUUGUUUCUUUUGGCAGCUCAACAGGAAAUUGAGAAAGUGCGUGCUUUGGACAAAGAAAUCGACGUCCUUCAGACUUCGAAUCAAGAGUGCGAAAAACUGAAUAAGGAGCUGGAUUCCGAGAUUAGCCGCCUUGAGCAACGACUUACUGUUUGCAAGGAAGAGACUGCGAGUGAUAGGUAAGGGGAAAAAUCUAAGUGAAACGUUGCUAGGCAAUACUUUCCAGUGGUGGUGCCAGAAGGGAACUGGGGCCGAAAUGCGUCUCGCAAUUGUUUGUGGAAUCGUUAUUAGGCACGCUAGGAACAGUCCCAGAAGUCUUUGCGUAAGUUAACUCGACCCAGUCUCCUUCUCGUAUUUUUGUAAGAUCGGAUGGUCAGUCAGCUGACGGCAAACUUCUUAAGGGUCAGCAUUCAAGAAAGAGAUGGUCAUGCGAAGUACAUUCGAGGUCAUGAGAAAGACGUAACGAGUCCGAGACGAAGUAGAUUUCUGAGCAACUUCUAUUUAUUCUUAGCCCGUCACGUGCAACGUGCGAGAAAAGAAAUUGGUCACGCGUGCAUUUGGCGACGCCGCUUGUGUUACGCGUUCCCCUCGGCUGACUCAAGAGAAAAAUGUGAUACUUCUCGCAAUAAAGAGACAAAUACGGGCCCUUUUUGUUUUGUUCUGUAAUGCGUCUCGAAGGCCCAUUUCAAACGUCAAACUUUUCAUGUACUGAACGCGAUACCUGUUUAGGUCGGUACAAGUUCGACGGUUGAUUCAGACGUCGAACUUUCGGACUCAAUUAGUUUUCACGGUGUACAAUGGUCUACAAUGCUUACCAGUGAAACUAAAUUAUAGUAAUUUUUGCUUUAGGUUCGGCACAUAAAAAGUUCGACGUUUGAAACUAAGUCGCUCUAUUGUCGAAAUUCUUCUGUGAGCCACUCGAUCCGACGUGAAACGUCGAUCUUAUCUUUUCCUGUACUGAGUUGAAGGUAUUGGGUUCGAUACAUGAAUAGUUCGACGUUUACACUGGGCCUAAGUUUUGGAUUUUGUAGGGAACACUUACAACGUUUUAAAAUUAACCCCUUCAUUUUGUUUUUCAGGCACAGGACAGGCGUGGUUGAGACUAAACUGGCCGUGAUUCAGACCCGCUUCAUCGCUUCGCUUUCCCACGUACAAAUGCCGGACAUUGGCGUUAAACUGACUUUCGACUCAAUGGAUAAGUAUGUUGAAAAGUUGCAGCAAAUUAUUGAAGAAAGCUCUGCAGAUUACAGAGGCCUUAUUGCAGAGCUUAAAGAAGCUUUAUCAGAUUUUAAGUUCUAG